AUGAACACGAAGGGUCCGACACGAUCGAAAAUUCGUACAACCAUUGAGCAUGAAAUCCCACUCAGUCCCGUUGUCCCCGUCACAGUGUGGUCUGAGCAAAAUGCCAUUAAACCAAUCCACGUGUAUGACACACAUCAGAACACGUUGUUGAACGGGACAAGUAAACAUUCCAAAAUCAAUCAGAUGGGACCUCCGAUGUUGUUCUCGGACCUCGAAUCGGAUUCCAGCUCCACUGAAUCGGUUAGUAAUAUCUAUCAGAUCGUCAGUCCGGAUACCGCGGUCAAACCUGUGCUUAAACAGUACAUACAAACUCAUCCGUAUACAGUUCAACCUCGAGUGGUACACAGCACGGUGGAAAUCCAAGAUGAUUCGUAUGAUCCGGCCCAACACCUACAACCAAAUGGCUUGGUCACUUUACUCAAUCCAAACGAUCCGGACGGGCCAACAGUAACGGAUCAGGGCCCGGUCUAUUUAUAUGCCACCCGUGUAAAACACAAUGAUCAUAAAAGCCACUAUUCGGAUUGA